UGCUGAUGAGGGCGAGGGGGAGAUGUGUGAUGCUGCUGUUUGUGUCCUGCUGCCAUUUCAUCAGCACAUCUUCACGGACACAGCCCCCGCUCUGCUUCCUUUAACCAUCAUCACCACACAGCCGGACGAUUCCACCUUAAAACACUGAUCACAGACCAGAGGGACGUUUAUAAAGAUGAUGUAAUUCAUGAGAUUUCUCCGGAAGCUAACCAGUCUGGAGCCUCAUCUCCUGAAAACACAACCAUCGAUAUGGGGUUUGUUUUCUACACAUACUGAGCCGAUAACUUUAAGAUCUUAUUUCCCAUGAGACAUGGAGACGAUAUGGCUUUACCAGUUUCGCCUGAUCGUCAUCGGAGACUCAACAGUCGGCAAGUCGUGUCUGAUCCGCAGGUUCACGGAGGGCCGCUUCGCCCAGGUGUCAGACCCCACUGUGGGGGUGGACUUCUUCUCCCGGCUGGUGGAGAUCGAGCCGGGCAAAAGGAUCAAACUUCAGAUCUGGGACACUGCAGGACAGGAGAGGUUCAGGUCUAUCACCAGAGCCUACUACCGCAAUUCAGUGGGUGGUCUCUUGCUCUUUGACAUCACAAACCGCAGAUCCUUCCAAAAUGUCCACAGCUGGCUGGAGGAGGCUCAGAGCCACGUGCAGCCUCACGGCAUCGUCUUCCUGCUGGUGGGUCACAAGUGUGACCUGGAGGCCCAGCGUCAGGUCACCCGGCAGGAGGCGGAGAAGCUGGCAGCCGUCUUCGGGCUGUGCUACGUGGAGACGUCAGCGCGGGACGCCAUCAAUGUGGAGAAGGCCUUCGUGGAUCUGACGAGGGACAUCUUUGACCUGGUGCGGAGCGGGGACAUCAAGAUCCAGGACGGCUGGGAGGGCGUCAAGAGCGGCUUCGUUCCCAACACCGUCCACUCGUCUGAGGAGGUCACCAAAGGCAGCCGGCAGUGCCUCUGCUGAUCCACCUGGCUGCAGCAUGAGGGGGGGGAUACAUCAUGUGGGCAGUGUCAACAUGUUACUUCUGCACACAGGACAUAGUUUUGACGGUCAGUGCCUGUUAGUGGCUCUGUGCAAACGUGGGACCUUUUUUCUGAUCCUCUGAACAGGUGGAGAAGCACAGGAGACGUCCUCCGGCCCCUCACGGAUCUGUUUGCAUAUGUGUGUGUGUGUGGGGGGGGGUCAUUACAUCACUUUUAAACCUUAAAUAGCAGCUUCAAAAUGAGGUCGACGCUUAACUGACUUUUAAAUAUGGAGAAUUGAGCCUCUUUCAUUCUCACUCCUAAUCGUGUUUGUCAUGUUUGUGUGGAGCUGACUGAUAGCUGCAGCUUUAAUUAUAGUAAUCAGAUAAUGCAACAGAUACAGAUAGAGUUUAACAGUGAGGCUGAACUGUAGAUGAGUUAAAAAGACACAAGGCUUGUUUAUGCUCAAUGCUAGGUACGUAUACGGAAACGUAAAGAGCCUUCUCUCCCUAAUCUGCAUUCAUUGGUUUUUUAUUUAUGAGCGUCUUUUGAAAGUGUACGAAGCGGACGACAGGGAAGUACCAGCAGGAAACCUCAAGGGGGCAGUGCAGCCAAUGGUUCAACUAAGACGACUAUAGGACACGAGGAGGACAUUUCAGAAACAACUUUUUGAGGAGACACUUUGCGACACUACAGGAUGAUACUGUUACUUCACCCGGUUACAAGGAUAAACUUUACAAGUCAGACGCUUUUCCCCGUUUCUGUGUUCAAAACCUCUGUUGUCGCCAUGUGUGUUCCUGUUAGAUUUUCUCUUGUCUCUAUGCUGCCCUCUAGUGGAUAUGUUGCUAGGCUUUAGACGUCAUUACAAAACCAGCGUUCCUCCAAUAUUCAGUGAGGAAACUCGAAAUAUGAAGAAUUCUGAACAGAGUUGAGUGGAUUUGUUUCAGCCGCAGCUUCUCUGGGUCAGGAAGCUGGGGAUCAUGGGUAAUAAAUUACGCUCAAGUUCUACGCUCAACAGACUGACAGGAAACUUCCUCUCUUUAUGAAAACCACUUCAUAGCUUUGUGGCUGCAGGGGGCGCUGUUGCUCAGAAGAGGUACAUAGUGUUGCUUUAAUCCUCAGCUCUUACUGACACUUCAAGUCCACUUUCGUACAGAGCUCUCAGAACUUGUAGAGACUGUGUCCAGUGGGACAGAGGAGACGGGAAGAGAUCUUCACCGAUUGUGCUGCAAUACAAAUCCAAGUGGCUUUAUACGAUAAGGAAAGUGAAAUCAAAUCGAACCAAAGUUUGAGAUGUUGUCAUGUCUGUUUGUGUGAAUGCUUGAGAACGAGUUUUCCACUGCAGGAAUUGUUCUGUUUGCUGAGAAGGAAUGGACACUGUAGCUGCUUAUAUUGAUAACUACUGGACCACGGCGAAGGAUUUAGAGGUUAAUACCAAAUACGUGUUUACUGGUCUGUGGUGGUGAGAACCACAGACUGUUUGUAAAGAUGGACGACCCCCUUUUUAUUGCAUUAAAUAAAUUCAAACCAAAUUUACUGGAAUACAAAACGUCAGUGUGAUAAGAACUAUCUAAAAUCACACAAAAACAUGACAUUUUUGAUAUUUUAGUUUGGUACAUGUCCCACUUGCUAACAUGGAGGAGGUGGGAUUUAUGACCUGCCCUGCAGCCACACACCAGAGGGCGAUAGAGGCCCUUUGGUUUCACUUUAGGGGAGCACACAUGUCGUCCGUCUUUAUGUAAAGUCUAUGGUUAGAACAGGUACGAUAUAAUAACCUUAUAGCUUUUUGUAUAGAUGCCCAGUCUGAACAUAAAAUACAUUCAUAAACAUGAGAAUAAAUUGUGAAUAAUACAAUAAUAAUAACAAAUCAUGUCUAAUGGAGUAAUGAAGAAACACAAAAAUCUUAACUUUUAUCCUGUGAGAACAUAAAAAGUUGCUUUAUAAACAAAUGAACUAAUUAUAGAAUUGUUUGAUUAAUACAGCUUGCACAAUGUUAUUCCUGUGACCCCCAUCUGUCUGAACACAACAUUUUGUCUCCUAUGCCUACAAACCAUUUAUAUAAAUUCAAUGUGUCCAUGUUUAUAAUCAGUGCAUGUCUCCGUUACACAAAAUAAUUUUUAUUUUUGAUAUAAUGUAAAUCUCUUCGGGAUGAGCAACACUCGGAAAAAUAUUUGAAAUGGACAAGUCUUUCGAGUGCCUUUUGGAGGAACGAUGCCAAAGCACACACACUCAACUUCCUGUACACACAUUCAAACAUACAACUGUGUGUUAAUCUUGUGAAAAUUAACUGAAAGGAGGCGGGAAACGUGCGGAGAUCACAUCUACGGCCCUGUAAAUAAUUGAUCUAAAACCAAACCUGACAAAGUCGACUGUUGAAUGUUGUUGUGACAUCAAGUGUACUCAAUAAUUAACAAAUAACUUUUUGAAAGGAUUGCUUCUUUUUUUAAAACAAUAAAUUUGCUCUGAGUUGGAGGACUCAAUAACUUUUGAUUUAAUGCUGUUUGUGAUCACUAGAGGGCGUCAGUGUG